AUGGCCGUUAAUAACGAUGAGCUGUCGUGCGUUUACGCAUCGCUUAUUCUUCAGGACGACGACGUGGCCGUCACCGCAGAGAAGAUCCAAACCAUACUGAAGGCCGCCAACGUGGAGGUCGAGCCCUACUGGCCGUCGCUGUUCAGCAAAGCCCUCGAGAGCGUGGAUUUGAAGGCAUUAAUCACUAAUGUUGGCAGUGGUGUCGGCGCGGCUCCCGCUGCCGGCGCCGCCGCUCCCGCAGCCGGUGGUGCGGCGCCCGCGGCCGACAAGAAGGAGGACAAGAAGAAGGAGCCCGAGUCGGAGGAGGAAGAGGACGACGACAUGGGUUUCGGUCUCUUUGACUAA